GACGCCGCCGCCGCUGCCGCCGCCGCCGCCGCCGCCGCCGCCGCGGCUGCCGCAGCCUGUGGGAGCCUGGAAAAGGGGAAGUGCGAACGAGCGAGCGUCUCAGUCCCCGAGCGGCGGCGGCAGCGGCGGCGGCGGCGGCGGCGGGGGUCGCGACGGCCGGGGCGGGGACGCUGCUGCUGCUGCUGCUGCUGCUGCUGCUGCGGGGGGCAGGCGGCGGCGGCCCGCACCAGCCAUGCCGAAUAAAAACAAGAAGGAGAAAGAAUCACCAAAAGCAGGGAAAAGUGGAAAAAGUUCCAAAGAAGGACAAGACCUAAUAGAAUCAGAGAUUUCCGGUAGGAAAAACAACCUUCCUGCUACCCCGUCUACCGUAUCCAACAAAAUAAAAGUGCCCGCCGCUCAGCCCGUAGUGAGGAGGGACAAGCGGCAAAACUCUUCGAGGUUCAGCGCCAGCAACAACAGAGAGCUUCAGAAACUACCGUCUUUGAAAGAUGUUCCUCCUGCUGAUCAAGAGAAGCUUUUUAUCCAGAAGUUGCGUCAGUGUUGUGUCCUCUUUGACUUUGUUUCCGAUCCACUGAGUGACCUAAAGUGGAAGGAAGUAAAACGAGCUGCUUUAAGUGAAAUGGUAGAAUAUAUCACCCAUAACCGGAAUGUGAUCACAGAGCCUAUUUACCCGGAAGUAGUCCAUAUGUUUGCAGUUAACAUGUUUCGAACGUUACCACCUUCCUCCAAUCCUACGGGAGCAGAAUUUGACCCCGAGGAGGACGAGCCAACGUUAGAGGCGGCCUGGCCUCAUCUACAGCUUGUUUAUGAAUUUUUCUUAAGAUUUUUAGAGUCUCCAGAUUUCCAACCUAAUAUAGCGAAGAAAUAUAUUGAUCAGAAAUUUGUAUUGCAGCUUUUAGAGCUCUUUGACAGUGAAGAUCCUCGAGAGAGAGACUUUCUUAAAACUACCCUUCACAGAAUCUAUGGAAAAUUCUUAGGCUUAAGAGCUUACAUCAGAAAACAGAUAAAUAAUAUAUUUUAUAGGUUUAUUUAUGAAACAGAGCAUCACAACGGCAUAGCAGAAUUACUGGAAAUCCUGGGGAGCAUAAUUAAUGGAUUUGCCUUACCACUGAAAGAAGAGCACAAGAUUUUCUUAUUGAAGGUGUUGCUACCUUUGCACAAAGUGAAAUCUCUGAGCGUCUAUCAUCCACAGCUGGCGUACUGCGUCGUGCAGUUCUUGGAGAAGGACAGCACGCUCACCGAACCGGUGGUGAUGGCCCUUCUCAAAUAUUGGCCAAAGACGCACAGUCCGAAAGAAGUCAUGUUCUUAAAUGAGUUAGAAGAGAUCUUAGACGUAAUCGAACCAUCGGAAUUUGUGAAGGUCAUGGAACCCCUCUUCCGGCAGCUGGCCAAGUGUGUGUCCAGCCCACACUUCCAGGUGGCGGAGCGAGCGCUGUAUUACUGGAACAAUGAGUACAUCAUGAGUCUAAUCAGCGACAACGCGGCCAAGAUCCUUCCCAUCAUGUUCCCGUCCUUGUACCGCAACUCCAAGACCCACUGGAACAAGACGAUACACGGCCUGAUCUACAACGCACUGAAGCUCUUCAUGGAGAUGAACCAGAAACUGUUUGACGACUGUACCCAGCAGUUCAAAGCGGAGAAGCUGAAAGAGAAGCUAAAAAUGAAAGAACGAGAAGAAGCGUGGGUUAAAAUAGAAAAUCUAGCCAAAGCAAACCCCCAGGCCCAGAAAGAUCUGAAGAAGGACCGGCCCCUCGUGCGCCGCAAGUCUGAGCUGCCUCAGGACCUCCACACCAAGAACGCCUUGGAGGCUCACUGCAGAGCUGACCAGCUGGUCUCCCAGGACGGGCGCUAGUCCCCCGGAGGACCGCGUCGGGCUGGGGACACCUGCUCUCUCCUGGAGUCUGUAGAAAAUACAUCCCUUGUGUGCCAUACAAAUCAGUUACACUCAGAGUCCGAGCUUUUCUUCCACCCCGUUCGUUCUGUAGGCAGCGACACACUCUGCCUCAGCUCGAGAUUAGGAGUUCAAACAAUGGUGGCUUCCCCGAUGCGUCCGUGGAGCCCGAGGGCCACCGGCCGCGUCCCCGGCGCGUCGUCUCGGCCCCCGCACGGCCCCCGUAAGACGGCUUCCCCAAAUCAGAGCUAAGGAGAGCACCCUACACAUCUUCACGUUCGGCCCAGAAGGAAUCUGCGAUCGUUUACCAUAAGUGGUUCUGUGAUCGUGUGGAUGUGCUUCAGAUCAGAGGAACACUCGAAACAGAAGCGCGUCGCGUAUUCUUGAAGACUCUACAACCUCUUCGACUGUUUCCACGUGACUGUUGCGCCAGUAGUCAGUCGUUUUCUCUCCUUGCUCUCUCUCUCUUUUUUUCCCUUUUCAUCUCGGUGAAGUGGUCCUUUGCUGUCAUCAUUCUAACACAACUUACUGGGAAAAGUGACAUGACAAUCCUCGGCCACUGUGUUUUCCUGAGGUGUUUCUUUACUUUGCCUGAUGACCCGUGUGUGUGUUACUCUCGUGUACAGCUAAAGCCAUACUUCCAAGCCCGCGGCCCAGCACCAGGGACUCCACGAGUGAGCUCGUAGGAGAAACGUGUUUUUAGAAAACACCUUUCUCCGUCCACCUUGACCGGAAUUGGAAUUUUUAAAACGAUGUGUCCCCUUUUUCCUUUUUCUUUGCAUUUUUUUGUCCCUACUGACACACGGUUGCCCUUUAACGAGGCUCUUGAAUGAAUAAAAUUCUCAUCUCUAAAAAUUGAUUUGAUACAUUUUGUAGAAAGUUAGAACGAGACCCUCUCGAGCUCGGCCAGUCCGGCCCCCGCCUCUGGGCAUAAAGUAACAAAAAUGCCACCAAACACCACCGUCCGUGCCGGGCGCUGCCCUGACAUCCGCUGGGUGCCAGACGCGGGCCCGAGGGCUCGGACGGGCAGCCGCCAGGGCUGCGGUGAGUCCCUCCCAGCCGACCAGAGCACGCGGUAUAAACACCUCAUCGGGAAAAGACACUGUCUGAGUUUCCAUGGGUCUUCAAAUGCUGCUAUAGAUCCACAGAUUUCCCUGCAUGUUCUGAGCUUUCUGUUUGAAUGGAACCGCACGAGGAGAAAAACCCUUCACCCGGGGUGCGUCUGCUCCGUAUUUCUCUCAGGGUGGCCAGUAUUUUGACUUCCUUAUCCUGCUUGAAAGCUAUUUGAGAUGUGUACUGCUAUCCCGAGCAAGUGAUUCAGUUUCCUUGGUCUGUGGCAUAAGAUGAUACAAGUUCAUGUUAAAUGUCGCUGAUGCACAGAAGAUAAGAUGUGGCUUCUGUCAGGCUGUCUGUUCCGACUCGAGGUCGUGGGCAUCCGCUGACACGUUGUGGGAAGCGGACCUGGGCCCCGGGCAGCUGUGACGCCUGCUGCUCCCGGGGUCGCCUCCGUCCCUCCGUCCGCAACGUCUGUGUCCCCGUGUGCCGGAGGAAGGUUGCAGAGGGGGGUGGCAGGGUGGGCCCCGUGUUCGGAGCAAGGGCUCACUGAAAAAAACUGCCCCAGCUGGAAGCAGGAAGGGCCACCUUGGGAGAAGAAACGCUUCCUGAGAAACUUGACAAGUACCUAUCAAUUGUACCAUUAUGAAAUGUAUCCUUUAAACACAAAAAGUUUAGAUGCCUUCUCCUUUUGAGGGAAAAAGGGUGCUUUUUAUUGUAUAAAGCAGCGUCUUAUGUAUUUUGAUAUACCAUUGUUUGAACUUCCGUCUUUAGCUGAUAGAUCCUCAGAUAUCCUUGAUUUUGGAUGUUCAGUAUGUGUGCGAGAGAGAGGGUCCUGGGAAGGCCCCCCCCUCUGCCCUCGGUAAAAAGCGAAAUAUCCUUGUCUGGGUGACUGCAUAAAGCUCAGCCUGUAAAAACACCUUUUCUGUCGAGCUUUUAUCUCUGCUCUUUAUUGAAGACAAACAUUCACCAAAAAGGGGGGGAAAAAAAAAGUUUUGAGAGAAACUAAUUUUCUUUGACGAGAGUAUUAUUUCAUAUUUUGGCCUAUUAAAGUUUUCCUAGUUAGUAAUCAGAUUCCCUGUGCUAAUUGUUCGACUUCUAUAAGAUACACCAUUUAUUAUAUUAUAUAGAUACACCGUUUAUUCUGCACCAAACUGAUUUCAAAAGUACGACAUCGAGAACAAACUGGUGACUGUUUUUCUUCAUAAAGUCCUGCAUUCGGCAUCUUCACUGUUUCCAGACUAUCUGUACAUCAGAAAUGUCACUAUUCCGAGUGUCUUUUUAGUGUGGCUUUAGUAUGGCUUCCUUUUAAUAUUGUACAUACAUUGUAUCUUUGUUUUAUGGUAAUAAGUAAUAAAAAUGUAGACUUCAUAUUUUGUACAAAAUGUCCUAUGUACAGAAUAAAAAAAAGUUCAUAGAAACAGCAAAAAUAGGUAAGUGGCACAAUUAUUUUUCUUUAGAAGAUAUCUGUAACUUUACGCUUUAGUGAAAUGUUAAGUACCUACAUAUUUUUUAACAUUUUGUAAUUCAGAACUUUUUGUUUCGACAUUGUUUAUGAAGAGGAAACUUCAUACACUCGCCAUUUAAUAUGCUCUUUUAUCUAAUUUUAAAAAACUCUAAAAAUGGUGUAUUAUAUGGACUAAAUAAAGAACAUGUGAAUUUUA